AUUUUAAAUUUGACAAUUUUUGGUAAAUACAGUCAAGAAUUUUUUCCGGCAACUUUCUUAAAAAUUCUAAACCAAAAGUGUCUAAAACAAAUUGGAUAGUGUAGUGCAUAUAUAUCACACACGAUAAUAUUUUACUACUUUUAAUAAAUAAAUGUAUGUGUAUUUCAGAAUACAAUAAAACUUAAAUGUUCUCGCGAGUUUUAUCAGAUGUUUUUUAUCAGUCAACUUUGCCCUCCGGAACAUUGAAACGGUCUUAUCACAAAACAAUCGCUCUAUCAACGCUAUCUACAGAACUAAUACAAUCAUAGAUCCGUUUCCUUGACCGUUUAUAUUACGAUAAGUAAUAACUAUUUGAAAUAAAUGGACAGUUAGUGAAAAUGGCCAUACUUGCAUAUAUGAACCCUUUUAACGUGUUUCGUGACUUCGUCCGCCUUCCUCUCGAGGCUUUCGUUUCCGAACAGUACACGGGAUAUAAAAAAACGACAAAUGAUAGCAUAACCAGUGUUAAAGAGUUAGUGUACAGAGUGGGAAUAGUAUCUGUGUUCCUUUCAGCAAUAUUGUGGAUUUCAAUAUUUUUAUAUGUGAUUUUCUACUACACGUACAUGCCUAAUGUGACGCACGUCAGACCAGUACAUUUGCAGUUCAAAUCAUGUGAUGAAAACAUGGGAGUGUGUUCAUUCCCCUCGGCGCACGUGCAACUCACCAAAAGCAGUCAAAUGCUGAUGUCCUCCCAGCCUUACCGCAUCAAGCUUAUACUGGAGGUGCCUGAGUCACAGAUCAACAAAGACAUAGGCAUGUUUAUGGUCUGCGCCCAAAUGAGAGCACCAGGGGGAGUGCUGGUGUCUUCCUCAUGCAGGUCUGCCAUGCUUAGACACAGAUCCAAGUUACACCAAGUGAUGCGCACACUGUUCUACGCUCCACUGCUGGUGUCGGGCUUCAACGAGGAGAAGCAGUUCAUUACUGUUGAACUGUUCAGUGACUUUGAGGAUGAUCAGGCCCGGCCGGUGACGGACGCGUAUGUGGAGCUGCAGUCGCGCUUCGUGCAGGUGUUCUCGUCGGAGCUGCACAUAGAGGCGCACUUCACCGGCCUGCGCUACGCCAUGUACUACUGGCCCAAGACAUCCGCGCUCAUCGGUAUCUGCUCGAACUUAUUCGUCGUCUCGCUAAUAUUCAUCUUAAGUUGGUAUCACUUGCAAGAUGGGUUACCGGAUUUCCUCAAGACAAAAUUAGGAAUCGAGGUGAAAACAGAAAAAGACGACGGCAAUUCCAAAAUAAUUUCUAAAAUGAAGCUAGAACGAGAAGAUUCAUUCCCUUUUAUAGAGGAAGAGUCACUAUUAGAAGAAUAUCAACGACUGGAGAAAAAAACUUAGUACUGCUUGUAACAAUUUAAAAAAAAACAUACAUACAGCCGAACGUAGAACCUCCUCAUUUUUGGAAGUUGGUUAAAAAUGGACAUAAUGUCUAAUUUAUUGCAGUUUCGGUCGAAUUUUUGGGCACAGUAUAGCAGACUAUCUACAAAACCUAUUUAUUAUACUAAAGCCAUAUUCGAUGUGUACUGUUUACCAACAAACAAAUUAGAAAUAAGUAAAACGCAUGUUAUUUCAUAACUUAUUUAUUUAAAAUCAUAUAUAAUUUGUUUAUAAAAUGUUAUUCAAAAUAUAUUAACUAUAUCUAAUUGUUCUAAGCUUAUUAAUCAAAUUUAUUGUCAUUAAUUUAAGAACAACUUAAUUAUAAUUAUUAUUAGGUGUGAAAUGACUAGUGAUUUAUACCCUCAUUUUUAAUUUGUUUGUUGGUAAACAGUUUACAUCGAGUAUGGCUUAAGUAUAGUUAUAAAACUUGACUGUGAUACCAUCAGAUGUUAAGUGACAACGCAGUCCAAGGGUAUCGUGUCAAUUUGUAAGGAGUAUGAUUUAUUUCAUCCUAUUUAUGGUAUUGUACAGAAAAAUUUAAAUGGAUUGUAGUAGGCAUUUGCAAAUUUAAGUGGUAACUUGUUUUGGCCUACUAUCUGGCAGUAGACUUUGGCCGUAAGUAGUUACAAUCCAAAUCGCAAAUGCCAGAGGUCAAUUAAAAAACAUAGUUUUUUUGGGACCUGGAAUCUGUCACAAUGUUCAAAUCAAAUCAAAUCAAAAUUUGUUUAUUGCGAAUUCAGGUUACAGUCAGAUCUUAUUGAAAUAAACACCAAAUUCCGCCUUACAGCUAAGGAUAUUAAGGAUUCUAACACAGAAUCAAUCGCUACACUAAAGGAUCAGUCGAGUACCGUCAAGUAAAAUGAAAUGUAAUACCUAUAUUUUUAAACAUAAGUAUUUAUAUCAUAACAAAAAUCCAAUCAAUCACUAUAGGCCAUACUCAUAAACAUGAAUUGAGUUUUAACUUAACUUCAAAGUAAAAUGAACUUUAAACAGUAGUGAUUAAAUCUACUUUACUUUGAAGAAAAUUGAGGUUUAAAUCUUAAUCCAUGUUUAUGGAUUUGGGCGAUAAUGAUUUUUGAACCUAACUAACUAUUAAGGUUAUAGUUUAGAAAAAUUUCAUACAAUUUAAGCACCAAUGUUAUAAUUAGGGGUUUUAUAAUUGAUAUUAUAGAUAUUUAUUAGUUAUUUAUGUAUAUUAUAAUAUAAUGUGAUAACUUAAACAUAUGGGCUUGUUAGACUGUUAUAUUUAAGUUAAACUUUUCGCUCGCUACAUAAGUACUAAGUAAAUUAAUAAGCAAAAAUAUAUAUAUUUUUAAAACUAGCGUCCGGCCCUGGAUUCCCAUGCUAAUUGUAAUUUAAUUUAACUCUGUUCUACUUUCUUAUAAAAUCUUUCUAUUCACAUCUUAUAAAAUCUUGAAUCUUAAUAAUAAAUUUAUUUAAGUUUGUUACGCUUUCGCGCCUUAAUUAUUUAACAAAUAAAUCAUAAUACAUAUCAGUGGUAGAGAAAGGACAUAAAUUAAGGUACCUACAUUUCAUCUAAUGAAUUUCACGUAAACGAAGUCGAUGUAGAUGCUAGUUUAGUUAAUAAAUUAGAUCGUCAACUCAGUGUUGAAAAGUGCCAUUUUAACUUAGAUAUACAGGAUUUUUACGAGUGUGGUAGAUACUAAACAAAACUAUGUAGUGAGCGAAGACCUUUAAACUGUAAAUAAGAGGGUUAGUAGACUAUGUUAGUCGAUGUUUUUAAUAAAGAAUUCCAAAGAUUU